AAGGGGAUGGAGAAUGAGAACCAGACGGUGGUUAUUGAAUUUCUCUUCACUGCAUUUCCCCAUUUCCAGAAGGGUGGUUUUCUUUUCUUCAUCCUCCUGCUUUUCAUUUACCUAUUCAUCAUCAUAGGCAACUCCAUGGUCUUCGUUGCUGUCAUUCUAGACUCUCGUCUCCACACACCCAUGUACUUCUUCAUUGGUGUCCUUGCUUUCCUGGAGAUUUGGUACACUACAACCACCAUCCCAAAGAUGCUCACCAACCUGAUAAGUGAGCAGAAGACUAUCUCCAUUGCUGGUUGUCUCCUGCAGAUGUAUUUCUUCCAUUCCAUUGGUAUCACUGAAGUUUACCUCUUGACCACCAUGGCCAUGGAUAGAUAUCUGGCCAUCUGCUACCCUCUCCGCUACCCAACCAUCAUGACUUCACAGCUUUAUAUUCGUCUGACCCUGGGCUGCUGCUUCUUUGGCUUUUUUACUCCACUCCCUGAAAUUGCUUGGAUUUCCACACUGCCAUUUUGUGGUCCAAACCAAAUUAACAACAUUUUCUGUGACUUUGACCCCAUACUGAACCUAGCUUGUGUAGACACAACUUCUAUUGUGUUGAUUAAGGUGGUGGAUAUUGUCCAUGCCAUGGAGAUCAUCUCAGCCAUUUCACUGGUGACUUUGGCCUACAUCCGGAUCCUUGGAGUGAUUCUAAGGAUCCGAUCAUCUGAGGGACGCCACAAGGCCUUCUCCACUUGUGCCUCCCAUCUUGCUAUUUUCUUGACCUUUUUUGGGAGUGUAGCCCUCAUGUACCUGCGCUUCAAUGCCAAGUAUUCUUUUUUUUGGGACACUACCAUUACUCUGAUGUUUGCUGUGUUAUCUCCUUUCUUCAACCCCAUCAUUUAUAGUCUGAGAAACAAGGAGAUUAAGGGGGCCAUCAAAAAAUACAUGUGCCAAUCAAAGAUUUUCACAUACUAUUCCAGUUAA